AUGGAGCAUCAAAGAUGUUACAUAUAUGAGCCCCCGCCGACGCAAGAUCGGGCACCCAAGCGACAACGGACGAGCAAAUUCAAUCCACAGGCGCAGCUGCCAGAACGGCUAGCAACGUACCGACGUCUAUGGACAGAACAAGAAGAGCGCAUCCAAAAUACACUUGAAGGCGCCGACAGCGCGACCCAAGAAAAGAUUGCCAAUUUCAUCUCCACAGCAAGUUCAUCUCCCGAUGAGGCCAAAUUCGCCAUACCAACGGCGCUCAUUGUUGCUGGGCCCAGUAUCGCAUCUCACGGACCAUUUUUUGAACGUCUUGGCCGAAGAGUCAGAGACGAGAACAGCGCCUACGUUGUACUAACCUCGAGUGAAUGCCCAAACCUCAAGACGCUGCUGAAGAAUCUUAUCAAAAAGGUGACUUUGCGCGUGGACGAUGAUGAUGAAGAUGAUGUAAAUCGGCCGUCUGCAUCGUCGAGGUAUGGUCCGAAGCUGCUCAAUUACGACCUUGCUCAUGUCCAGGAAUGGCAUAAGAAAACGCGGACUUCGAGUAUUGUGAUUGCUUUGCAGGAUAGCGAAGCUUUUGAUGUUGGGUUGCUUGUGGACAUGGUUGACCUCCUGCACUCAUGGAUUGAUCGUCUUCCCUUUGUGCUCCUUUUUGGUAUUGCGACUUCUGCAGAGAGCUUUGAGGAACGCCUAUCAGGCAACUCGCUACGCUAUCUUGAAGGCCAGAAGUUUGAUGUCACACAGUCAGACGAGAUUAUUGAAAAGCUUUUCCGUGCAACUGUUGCCAGCACGGAUGUUGGUCUGCAUAUUGGACCUACCAUCUGUCGUCGCAUGCUUGACCGACAGAAAGAUCAUGUGCAGAACACGCAAGAUUUCUGCGAUGGACUCAAGUACGCUUACAUGUCACACUUCUACGCCAGUGUGCCUAGUAUAUUUCUCACUGACGAUCUUGCUUUCGAUGACUUGACGGCAGAUGCGUUCAAGGCUGUACGCAACUUGCCGUCUUUCCGGCAACGGGUAGAGGAUAUGCUGGAAAAUGGACGCACGCAAGAUGUGCGGAGAAUGCUUGAAGACGACGAGUAUCUCUUUAACGAAAUCACACAGAGCUUAAAAUCCGGUCAACAAGCCAUGGCUACACUGAGCCACGCUACAAAGGUCGUGGCAAGCAUGCGCGAAUCACUGCAACUAUCACCCAACGUCCGGCUUUCGACUCUCUGGACCCGCGCCGCGGCCGGCGAGCUAGCUGCAUCACCUCUGAUACGUGAGACAAUGCUGUCCAUCAAGAAGAUCCCAUCAGAUAAACUGGUGCAGCUGCUUACUUCACUACGAGAUCUCGUAGGCACCUACUUCACCAUGGACAUACUUUCCCCCGAGCAAAAACUGCAAAGCCUCCUCGAGACCGCCGACGCGCCUCUCCGCACCCAACACGAUGUCCGCAACGAUAGUCUCCGUACCACGGUUGUCGCGCAAAAAGUGCUAUUGAGCAAGCACAAAGCCGCAUUGUCGGAACAAGAUAAAGCAUAUUCGGAUCUCGUAACGCAGUUCCACGAUGAGCUCGAAGUGUACUUGAGUGCUUCGUUUAUUGAUCCCAAGACGCUAUUUCUCGCAGAGGUCCUGGUGUACGAUCUCAAGUCCCCGCAUAUGGAGGUGUUCCAGCCGAAACCCCGGUUCGCAGUUGAACGUGCACUGGCGUCUCCGCAUGACUAUCUGGGCUGCGAGUGCUGCAGCGGUGUAGAUGGUAAUGCGGCAGCACUUUCGGUGACACAACCGGCGACGGCGAUUGUGUAUCAGAUGUACCUUGAAUCUGGAACGUUGAUCAACGUGAGCGAUUUGUGGUCUGCAUUUAAUGCCAUUGCGGGGGAUGGAGUGGAGGAGAAUGAGGCAAAGACUAUGGCACUAUUCCAACGAGCAUUGGCUGAACUUAGAUAUCUGGGAUUGGUCAAACCCAGUCGAAAGAAGACGGAUCAUAUAUCCAAAAUCAUGUGGAAAGGCCUGUAA